CCGGUGGACAUCCGAGCUGAUUUGCGAAGAGAUGAGAGAGAUUACCUCCAUUCUUAAGGACAUCUUUGGAGAUUCAUCGGAGAGCGACACUGAAAAUGAGUCCAAUUCGAAUCAACGACCUCCCAGCGGUUCGAACGACGACGACGAUCCUUUCCAGUCCACCUUUAGGAGAACCCUUACAUGGGACCCCGUUACAGACAUUAAUGGCUUGUGGAUUUGUAGAGACUUCUUGUCUCCAGAGCAGCAAUCCUUCCUACUCCUAGCAAUUCAAAACGAAGGAUGGUUUAAUGAAGCUUCUCAUAACCAGGCGAUGAGAUUUGGUGAUCUUCCUACAUGGGCUACUGAGCUUUCCGAUUCAAUUAGUGAGGCAGUGCAUUUUAGUGAACAUGGACCUGACUCUUUGGAAUGUACAACUUCUGUAGACAAUGAAGAUGCUUGCAAUAUUUUCCCACCAAACUUAAUGUGGCGAGAACCCCUUUUUGAUCAACUUAUUGUGAAUGUAUACCAACCAGGUGAGGGGAUAAGUGCACAUGUUGAUUUGAUGCGUUUUGAUGAUGGUAUUGCUAUAAUUUCCCUGGAAUCAUCUUGCAUAAUGCAUUUCACCAAAGUUAAGGACAAAUCUGAAGAAGAUCUAAAAGGCAAGAAGCAUCCCGUCUACUUGAAUCCGGGUUCUCUAGUUCUAAUGUGGGGAGAAGCCAGGUACCAUUGGACCCAUGAAAUCAAUCGCAAACCAGGUUUCCAGGAACUGAUGGGUAAGGAAAUUGAGCAGAGAAGAAGAACAUCUGUAACAUUGAGGAAGUUACUUUGCCAGAUUGAGUAGUAGAAGAAGAUCCUUUGAGAGACAACUAACUCUUUUUAUUUAGGCUGGUUGAUGAUAGAAGAGUCAUAAACCAACUUGUUGGCUUUGUUUCUGUAAUUGAUAAUUGCCAACUUCUAAUUUUGGAUCCAUUUUAAUGACAAUUGGAAAUUCAUAACAAUAGAUCUUGUAUGUGAGGAAGUGGAUGUAAAUAAAUUUUAUUUAGAGUGUCAAUGUGUAAUAUUUCAAAAUGACAAGAAAAUAUAAUAGUUCUUUCUCAA